UCUUGCAUGCACCAGAUUUUACUGUUUAAGAGCCAAUGAAGACUCAGGGCCACUAUAAAAAAACAGUUUUUUGUUUUUAUACUUCUUUUGCAGUUGCAAUUUCCAGUCUGAGAGUGAAAGAGAUAUAGAAUUUUGAUUAAAAAUGGCUCAGGCACCUGCAACUUCAGCUGUUGUUUGCCCAAUUUGCCGCGGUGAGCUAUCUGACACCUGUGGCCGCUCCAUUGUCAGGCUCCAGUGCUCCCAUUUGUUCCACCUCGAUUGCAUUGGUUCUGCAUUUAAUUUUGCGGGGAUUAUGCAAUGUCCUAUUUGUCGAGAAAUGGAAAAUGGUGUAUGGCGACGUUUUGAGAUUAUGGAACAAGAUGUGGAUCAGGAGGGUGAUGGAGAUGAACAACAUGUCCAAACGUUUCAGCAAUUUCUUGGACAGCACUGCUGCCCAAUUCAUGGAUGGGCUCCAAUGCAACCAGCUUUGGAUAAUGCUGAUCAGGAUAUAGCUGAAGCUGAAAUGCCAGCCGUUUUCCCUAGUGCUCAUCAAUAUCAUCAUCAGCAUCAUGGACAGCCGAUGAUCACUGAGAUAUUUACUUCCCAAAUGAUCAUUCAUCAUCCCAAUGCCAACCAUGUUCUUCAUCAUCCAAAUGCCAACCAUGUUCUUGGUACAAAUCGGACUUUAGUUUCAUCUGGAAUCCAGGGAGCCCCUGGGGGUCAUUAUGGUGCCAAUCUGCCAAAUAUGGAAUUAGGUGGUUAUGAAAUUAUUCGUGAACAUGGGCGACGACCCUACGUUUUUCAUAACUGGUUUCCAGAAGCACGUGUUCCAGCACAACACCAACCUGCUAUCUAUCAGAACUUCAUGGAGCCGGCAAAUCAUGUUCAUCGGCGUGUCGAGGAACAAGUUAAUGCUUUGCCUGACGAAUGUAAUCCAGACGAUGCGGAGAUUCAUUGGGCACCAGAAGAUUAGGUGCCCUUCCUGGCACCUAAUGAAGCUGGCUGAAACAUUGUGUGACAUUAUCAAGCAUCUGAGGUGUCACAGAAAAUAAAACUCUUCCUUCUAAAACUGAACUUGCUGGUAGAAGGCUUUGAAUAAUUUUUGAAACUGAUACAACUGCUUGUUUGCUUAUGAUGUUUCGGCCAUAGAAUAAAUACCCUGGACUACCUUUUUGGCGAUUAAUUUGGUUUAUGGAUAGUCUUUUUCAAGCUUGCAAAAUAAUAUUCAGCGGGAUGAUAUUUAUUUA